AUGAAGAAAGGGAAAGGGAAAGCAGUUUCUGUUGCUCGCAGAAUGGCGGGUAAAAAAGGAGCUGCAAUUCAGUUGCAGCAAGAGGUCAACACAGAUGAAGAAUGGGCUGAAAUGAUUAAAAAACCGGGUCUGACAGUUGUGGAUGUUUAUUCUGCAUGGUGUGGCCCCUGCGUUGGUAUGGUGGGUAAUUUGAAAAAAGUUAAAUUGGAAAUUGGUGGAGAUUUGCUUCAUCUGGCUAUAAAUGGGAAAAUGGUUAACUUGAUGUUUGGAGCCAAUGCUCCUCGUCUUAUAAAGCUGAUGACAGAAGAAAUACAGAAAGAGGGAGAGUUUCAAAGAUCCCAAGGGGAGCGAUUUGGGAUUGACAUUGAAGAACUCACGCCAGAGGAAAAGGAGAGAGCAGAACGGGAGAAGGCGAGAGAGGCAGAAGCAAACGCUGCUAAAGAAGCUGUACUCAAUGAGGAACGAGAAAAGAGACGCCAGAAAGUAGUCAGGAAACUUGUGCGUGAAAUGAAAUACGAUUCUGUAGUUCUAUUUCUGCCAUUCCUUAAGGAUGCAGAAACUUCUUCUUGGCCUGCGUACGACAAGUUAAUGGGAAUUUUGGGUUCUGAAUUUUCAACGAAAAGAGAAUCGUUGAUUGAACUAACUUUGGAAGAUGCGGAAAAGCUUUUUGGUGUUUAUGAUGAAGACUUGGCAGAAGAACUUGACAGAAUAUUGAAACUAGGUCCGUGUUUGGCAAAAAUUAUUGGAUUACCUAACAAGGAACCUGUCGAAGAAGGCGAGGCCGAUGAAGAGUUGCUAGAUGCGGAGGAACCGAUAGUAGAAGAACCAAUGGAAGACGGAGAAGAAGGGGAAGAGAAGCCAGAAAUACAUGCUACAGAGGCAAUUUAUUAUGCAAUUUAUGGCGGCGGUGGUCCUCCAGAUGCGGCAGCAAUGAGAGAAGAAGAAGAAAGUAGGAAAGCUGCCGGAGGCGAGGAAGAAGACGAAGAAGAGGAAGAUGAGGAAGAGGGCGAAAUGAGUUUAUUGACUCAACUCUUCAACCAGUAUGCAGAAGUAACUUCCUUGCCUGCGUUAUGGGCUCCGCUAACGGAAGAACAAAAAGCAGAGGCAGUCAUUCUUUUGUUCCCAUCUUACAUUGAAGAAUUAAUAGGACCAGAGCCACCACCUCCACCGCCUCAUUUGGCUGUAGUGUUUGAAGCACAUAAAUACCCAGAAAUCAUUGAAGCUCUAGAAGAUUACUCUGACGACGUUAUUCGCUUUGGAUUCUUUGACGGUUCUAACCCAGAUACUGCAAAGAAAAUGGCUACUUCGUACAAUGAGUAUCUCCUAUCAAAGAAGACAGGGAAUGAAAAGUUCGUGAUGAUGCUGAAUAAUUCCAAGAGUGAUUCUGUACUGAUAUUAGCUCAGUUAGCUCCAAUAUAUGUAAGUCUGAACCAAGACGACGGAAAAGAGGAUUGUGGAAAGUUCUUCCCUGAAGAUGAAGAGGAACAACAAGAAACAGAAAUAGCAGUAGAAGAACCAGAAAAGGCGAAGGCAGGCGGCGCGCCGGCGGCCGCCCCCGAGAUGCCGCCCCCGCAGCAGGCCGUGGACGUGCUGCUGGUGGAGACGGUGGCGGCGACGGGCGAGGGCCAGGCCGCCGCCGCCGUGGACGAGGCGGUGGACAAGGCGGCGCCGGAGGGCGAGGGCGGCGAGCACGUGGAAAAGGCCGUCCAG